CGGGGGGGUGGGGUGGCAGGGAGGGUGUGUGUGUGUGUGUGUGCGUGUGUGUGGGAUAGGGGAGGGGUCCAUAUAUAUGGAGGCCCUGCGGUCAUUCACAGUCCCACGGUCUGCCUUUGCCUCAUCACCAGUCGCCCUCAACCCAACACCAGCCCGCAGCCAUGACAUUCAACGGAACCUGGAAAGUCGACCGCAAUGAGAACUAUGACAAGUUCAUGGAGAAAAUGGAUAUCAAUGUCAUGAAGCGUAAGCUGGCGGAACACGACAACCUGAAGAUCACCAUCGAGCAGACCGGGGACAAGUUCCACAUCAAGGAGUCCAGCACCUUCCGCACCAAGGACAUCGACUUUACCCUGGGCGUCCUCUUCGACUACAGCCUGGCCGAUGGCACCGAAGUCUCGGGUACUUGGGAGAUGGAGGGUGACGUGCUCAAGGGCAAAUUCACCAGGAAAGACAACAACAAGAUCCUGACAACCACCCGAGCUGUGGUGGGAGGAGAGCUCGUACAGAGUUACAACUACGAGGGAGUGGACGCAAAAAGGAUUUUCAAGAAGCAGUAACACGCAGAGUGAAUUUCUUAUUCUAUUUUUUACAUAGACGACACCUUAUAGUUUUUUUUUCCCACCACUAACAACCAGUCAUGGCCAAGUCUCGUGGGAUUUUACUGCGUAUACCUCAACAAGUUUUCUGGUAGGAGAAUAAUGGUCCACAGUGUUUUGCUGCUUGAAUACCAAUGAGUGGAAGACAAAGUGGGGACCCGACAAAAGGCCGACCCGACAGCUACAAACAAUCCUGAGAAGAAACGAGAAAGUGAAUAAAAUCAGCAGCGGAAAAAAGGCAGAAGUCAUAAAUAUUAAGUCCAACUAGCUGAGGGAAAACAGCCGUUACCAUGUGGCGCCCAAAGAGCCUCAAAAGAAUCUUAAAUAAAAAAACAGGAUCCCACAAGUGGACAAACACCGAUUAAAGGGUCAGUUCACACAAAUUUCAAAUAACAUAUGGCUAUAGCUGUCGCUACAUGCAUAUAUAUAAAAUUUAAGAUUUAUUUGUCCAGAUUUUGAGAGUUCUAUCUGGAUCAUAGAAUGGAGGAAAGGGGGUUUCGGGAAUUGGAGAUGUUGCCAUAGAAACUCAACGUUGCUUGGGAUAAUCCACAGUUCCUGUCAAAAUGCUGAUGGGUUAUUAAAGGAAUUUCGUGCACGUGUGUAUUUGCGGUUGUUGAGUUUUUAAAUUAAAAAUCACCCUCCUCCAUCAUAUCGGGCAAAUAAAACCAAAACUAUACAAAUGAUUGUAUUCAGCUACAUGUGAGUGAGACACUAUGGUCGCUGUGAUUUGGGUCAAACAACAGACUUGAACUUGACUAAACUUAAACCUACACUAAUCUCCAUCAUUGUGAAGCAGCUCAAUAACAGUCCUGCACAACACGAGAUCCUGUUUCUUGUGAACCAGCAAAUCUGCACUGAUGAUUCAUUCAUGUCCAUUAUUCAGUCUGUAACAAUAAAGCAAUUUUAAUAUACCA